AUGGUAGGCGAAUGCGGCAGCGGCAAUCCAGUGGACGACUGCUGGCGCUGCGACCCCAGCUGGGCCGACAACCGGCAGCGCCUCGCGGACUGCGUGGUCGGCUUCGGCCGCGCCGCCAUCGGCGGCAAGAACGGCAAGACCUACGUGGUGACCGACCCGAGCGACGACGCCGACCCGGCGAACCCGGCGCCGGGCACGCUCCGCUACGGCGUCAUCCAGCAGGAGCCGCUGUGGAUCACGUUCGCGCGCGACAUGACCAUCAGGCCUAAGCAGGACCUGCUCGUCGCCUCAUACAAGACCGUCGACGGCCGCGGGGCUGGCGUGGUGGUCGGCGACGGCGGCGCCUGCUUCGUGCUGCGCAACGUGAGUAACGUCAUCAUCCACGGGCUCACCAUACGCGGCUGCAAGCCUGCACCUCCGUUGUCGCCGUCGGCGGAGUCGGAGGGUGACGGCAUCACCGUGUUCCGCGCCACCAACGUGUGGGUGGAUCACUGCACGCUCGAGGCCUGCGCCGACGGCCUCAUCGACGUCACGGACGGCUCCACGAACGUGACCCUGUCCAACAACGUUCUCAGGAACCAUAACAAGACGAUGCUGCUUGGGCACAGCGACGAUUUCACUGAUGACAAGAACAUGAAGGUCACUGUUGCGUUUAACCGCUUCGGACCAGGUCUUAUCCAGAGAAUGCCAAGAUGCCGGUUUGGACUCUUUCAUGUCAUCAACAACGACUACAUAAACUGGGAAAUAUAUGCCAUUGGUGGCAGUGCUUCGCCAACAAUUCUGAGCCAUGGCAAUCGAUUCCUUGCCGACAAGGCCAAAGAGGUGACCAAGCGUGAGGCAGCACCAGAGAGUGAGUGGAGUAAAUGGACCUGGAUAUCUGAAGAUGAUACGAUGCUCAACGGCGCAUUCUUCACAUCAUCUGGUACUCCUGGACCUGAAGUUAAGGCCCCUGGCUUUGCCAAACCGUCCUCUUUUGUCCCGGCGAUCACCGCCUCGGUAGGGGUUCUGUCAUGCAAGGAGGUGUCUCUGUGCUGA